UCUCCAUAUCUAGCAAUUACUACUAGUAGCUGUCUCCUUCAGCUUUGUACUAUAUACUUGUCAGCUCUUCUUUGAUCGGUCUCUCUCGUUCUAAAUAUGGAUCCAAAUUGCUCUAGGUUCCAAGUCCUUGCACUAGUGAUCUCUUCCUGUUUGAUUUUCUCAUUUUCUAUCUCUGCUAUGGCUUCACCAGUAGUGGUACCACUCAAACUGGGAUUCUACCAAACAACUUGUCCAUCUGCUGAGGCAAUUGUUAGAAAAGCUGUGAGCAAAGCCAUUUCCAAGAAUCCAGGCAUUGCUGCAGGCCUCAUUAGGAUGCAUUUCCAUGACUGCUUUGUCAGGGGUUGUGAUGGUUCUGUGCUACUCGAUUCAACACCAGGAAAACCAGCUGAGAAAGAACAUCCAGCCAAUAACCCAAGCUUACGAGGGUUCGAGGUGAUUGAUGAGGCCAAGGCCCAAAUUGAAGCCAUAUGCCCUAAAACUGUCUCAUGCGCGGACAUUGUUGCCUUCGCUGCUCGCGACAGUGCCUUCAUGGCUGGACGGAUAAACUAUGCCGUGCCAGCAGGACGUCGUGAUGGACGUGUGUCUUUGAGUGAUGAUAUUCCACAAAAUUUACCGGCUUCCUUCUUCAACGCCACACGGCUGGAGGAUAACUUUGCCAGAAAAGGAUUGUCACGUGACGAGAUGGUGACACUCUCUGGUGCUCACUCCAUUGGUGUCUCUCAUUGCUCUUCCUUCUCCACCCGCCUUUACUCCUUCAAUGCCACUCACCCACAAGAUCCUUCCAUGGAUCCAAACUACGCAGCAUUCUUGAAAACAAAGUGCCCACCAAGCACCGCCGGUGCUGCCAUCAAUCCAACAGUUGCUCUUGAUGUUCUAACGCCAAAUCGUUUGGACAACAAGUACUACAAAGUAUUGAAGAAGCACCGUGGGGUACUAACUUCA